AUGGAAACUCAGCCAAAAUCGGCCGCUGCGGGAACAAGUACUCCGUACCCAACCCACCCACUUGGACCUCUCUCUGCAGAGGAAAUCAGCCGGAGCGCCAACUUGAUCCGCAGUGCAUGGCCCGAGGGGACAAAGUUUCAAUUCAAAGUCAUCACCCUCUCGGAGCCGGCAAAGGCGCAGCUCAUCCCUUAUCUGGAUGCCGAGAAGAAGGGUCAAGCGACGCCGCCUAUUAGUCGGCGUAGUUUUGUCGGGUACUACAUCAGGAACACGCACAAACUCCAUGAAGCCAUCGUCAACCUGACGCAAAAUGUGGUGGAGAGCAACGUCCUUCUCGGGCCAAACGUCCAUGCCAAUGGCGACGCAGAGGAGCUUCUGGCUAUCGAGGAGAUGAUUGCCUCGGACCCGAGUGUACAGGCCGAGGUUGCCAAGCUCAAGCUGCCUGAGGGGGCAAAGGUCGUCACGGAUCCCUGGAUAUACGGAUCCGACGGCGUCAACGAGGGAAACUUUAGCGACGAGAAGCGUCUUUUUCAGUGCUUCAUGUACAUGAGGGACCCGAACAAUGCUUCCAUGACAGAGAGCUGCCACUAUGCUUUCCCCCUACCGAUUUCACCGGUUGUGGACCCCACGACUAUGAAGGUGAUUCGGAUCGACAUCUUGCCGACGGGCUUGGACACAAAAAUCAAGCCCUUGUCACCUUGGGAGCCGGCGCCUCCCAAUGAGUACGUUGCCGAGGCGCAGCCAGCCCUGCGGACGGAUUUGAAGCCCCUCCGGGUGGUGCAGCCAGAGGGCGCUUCGUUCCAAGUGUCCAAGUUUUCAGAGACGGGCCAUCGAGUCUCGUGGCAGAAGUGGGAUUUCAAAGUCGGCUUCAACCAGAGGGAGGGCAUGGUCCUCUACGACGUUCACUACGACGGCAAGCCCCUCUUCUACCGCUUGAGCCUGUCGGACAUGUCGAUCCCUUACGCCGACCCUCGGCAUCCUUUCCACAAAAAGGCCGCCUUUGACCUUGGCGACGUGGGCGCGGGCAUCAUGGCCAACAACCUGGGCCUGGGCUGCGAUUGCCUCGGCUCCAUCUACUACAUCUCUGGAGUCUUGAGCAACAGCGAAGGACAGCCAGUAGACUACCCCAACGUCAUCUGCAUCCACGAGCAGGACGCCGGUCUCCUGUGGAAGCACACCAACUACCGGACAAACAAGGCCAGCCUCGUGCGCAACCGGGAGCUCGUCCUGCAGACCAUCUUGACCGUGUCAAACUACGAGUACAUCCUCGCCUGGGUCUUCAACCAGGCCGGAGACGUGACGUACGAGGUCCGCGCCACGGGGAUCCUCAGCACGCAGCCGGUGGACAGGGAGCUGCAAAAGACGCCGCACCCCUACGGCACGGUGGUGCACCCAGGGGUGCUGGCGACGCACCACCAGCACUUCUUCUCGCUGCGCAUCGACCCCAUGGUGGCGGGCCACGGCAACACGGUCGUGUACGACGACGCGGUGCCCGUCCCGCGCGACGCCGUCACGAACCCGCACGGCGUGGGCUACACGGUCGAGACGACGCCGGUCGAGACGUCGGGCGGCUUCGACCUCGACUCGUCCCGCGGGCGCGUCUUCCGCAUCACCAACCCGGCCGUCCGCAACGCCAUCAACGGCGCACCGGCCGGCUACAAGCUCCAGAUCCCCUCCAUGCAGCCCAUCCUCGCCGACGCGGACAGCUUCCACCGGCGCCGGGCAGAGUUUGCCGACCGCUCCGUCUACGUGACGCGGUACGCCGAGGGCGAGCUGUUCUCGGGCGGGCAGUACACGAACCAGAGCCGGGGCGGGACGGGCGUGAGGACCUGGGCCGGACGGAAAGAGUCGCUGGCCGGUGGGGAUCCAGUGGUGUGGGCGCAGUUUGGCAUCAACCACGUGCCCAGGAUCGAGGACUUUCCCGUCAUGCCUUGCGAGGUGCUGAGGGUGACCAUGAGGCCCGUCAACUUUUUCGACAGGAACCCGGCGCUGGACGUGGCGCCGAGCACGCAGGAUUUUAACCAGAGCGUGUUGCUGAAUGGAGCCGGCAGUGGUGGUGGCGACGCUAGUGGUACCAAUGGAAGUGUGGUGGGUUGUUGCCGGAGCUAA